AUGACCGUGGAUAAGUAUCUUUACCAAAAAAUUUCUUUUUUCCUGGUUAACCUCAUAUUUAUUGCCGGGUUCACAGGGGUCUUUUUGAGUUCUGAGGGGACGUCAAUUUUCUUUGAGUGAUUUUUAGGGGGGAGAAGAGUUAACUUUAGAAUAAUUUUUCUUUUAGAUAGAAUGAGUUGUUUUUUUCUUGCUGUGGUUUUGUGUAUUUCUGGUAAUGUAGUCUGAUACAGUAAAAGUUACAUGGCUUUAGACCCUAAUGCCAAUCGGUUCAUCCUCUUAGUUUUAGGUUUUGUUGCUUCUAUGGCUAUCUUAAUUCUAAGUCCUAAUAUCUUAAGAAUCCUACUAGGAUGGGAUGGGUUGGGGCUAAUUUCUUACGGUCUAGUAAUUUAUUAUCCUUCUAAAAAGUCAAGUAGCGCGGGUAUAAUCACAGUCUUAUCUAACCGGGUGGGGGAUGUGUGCAUCUUACUCUCAAUCGCUUGAUUCGUAUCAGUAGGAGAUUUUAAUUUUAGAAUUUGGGCCUUUUAUAAUAAUGUAGAGUUUAGAAAUUGGGUCCCUCUUCUUGUAUUACUGGCCGCUAUAACUAAAAGAGCUCAAAUUCCCUUCUCUGCUUGAUUACCUGCUGCGAUAGCGGCUCCAACCCCAGUUUCUGCUUUGGUACACUCCUCUACUUUAGUCACUGCUGGGGUGUAUCUAUUAAUUCGUUUCUCUUUUAUCUUAGGAGAAACUUGUUCAGCACUGUUACUAUUUAUUUCUAUUAUAACCAUGUUCAUGUCGGGGGUUGUAGCUAUCUUUGAGUAUGAUCUUAAAAAAAUUAUUGCAUUGUCUACCCUUAGACAGUUAGGGAUGAUAAUGUUCUCCAUUUCUUUGGGCCUCUACGAGUUGGCCUUCUUCCAUUUAUUAACACAUGCUCUAUUUAAGGCCCUGCUUUUUCUUUGUGCAGGGAUUCUUAUUCACGGGGCCGGGAAUACCCAGGAUAUUCGAUCUUUUGGGGGGCUUAGCUUGAAUUUUCCGUUGGUUACGGUGUGCAUAAAUCUAGCUAAUUUAUCUCUUUGUGGGGUGCCUUUCUUAGCGGGGUUUUACUCUAAGGAUUUAAUUGUAGAGCUUGCUUGUCAAUAUUCUUGGGGAAUUUUUGUCUUACUUAUGAUAUUUAUUUGUCUCAGAUUAACAGUUCUUUACUCAGUUCGGCUUACUUACUUAAGUUUUGUUGGCCCAUACGGGGGGGGAACUUCGAUUUCUGUUUGCGAGUCGGAUUAUUCGUUAGUUGGGCCGGUGGUGAUUCUUUCUUUUACUUCCCUUGUUUCAGGCCCAAUCUUGAGAUGGCUUAAUUUCCCCGCCCCGGUUCUGAUUUUCUUGCCUGUAUUUUUAAAGUGGGGGGCUCUCUUUUUUGUUGGUGUUUCCCUGCUGGUGAUACUAAGUUUACAGGGGUUAACCUACUCUUAUAAAUGGGGGGCAGUUAGGAAGUUUAGAGGUUUAAUAUGGUUUCUUCCUUGACUGACAGGCCAAGGUUUUUCAAUGAAAACUUUAAAGAAUGCGGACCACCUCUUAAAGAUUUAUGACCAAGGUUGAUUGGAGUUUUAUUCAAGAAAAGGCUUGGAAGUUGUAGGGGGGAAGGUUAACACACUCAAUUUAAAAUUUCAGCAUAGUAGUUUGAAGCUCCACUUUCUAAUUUUUUUACUUUGACUUUUCUUAUGUUUUAUUUAUAUUUUAU